AGGGAGCGGGACGGCGGCCGAAGGGGGUCGGCCGCCCUGUGCCUGUUUGUGCCGCCUGCCUGCGGCUUCUCUUCCUGCUUCGGCUGCCUCGAAGGCGGGCGAGAGCGAGGCGGCUGCGGACGCUGCCUGGGGAAGGGAAGAGGGCGGCAGCGCCUCCGCCUCGGCCUGGUCCUUCCCCUGCUGGCGCCUCGCCGCUCUCGCCUGCCCUUCCGCGUAGGGAGGCUUGGCUGAGGCAGCCAGGCUGUUUUGGGGCCCCCUCCCCCACCGCCAGGAAAAGGUUGCUCAGGGUUCAAAAACAGACGCGCUGUAGGAAAUGCAAAAAGGGCAAAACUGGAAACGGCAGGAUUUGUUUUAAAUGAGCAAGAAUGAUCAAAUUUCUAGAAGUUAUUAAGCCUUUCUGUGCUGUUCUUCCGGAAAUCCAGAAGCCAGAAAGAAAAAUUCAGUUCAGAGAAAAGGUUUUAUGGACAGCUAUCACCCUCUUCAUUUUUCUAGUAUGCUGCCAGAUACCAUUGUUUGGAAUAAUGUCCUCCGACUCCGCAGAUCCUUUCUACUGGAUGAGAGUCAUUCUUGCAUCAAACAGAGGCACGUUGAUGGAGCUAGGUAUCUCUCCCAUUGUGACAUCUGGUUUAAUUAUGCAGUUACUGGCUGGAGCCAAGAUCAUUGAAGUUGGUGACACACCAAAAGACAGAGCCCUUUUUAAUGGUGCUCAGAAGUUGUUUGGAAUGAUAAUUACUAUUGGGCAAGCAAUUGUGUAUGUCAUGACUGGGAUGUAUGGAGAUCCUGCAGAAAUGGGGGCUGGAGUUUGUCUCCUGAUUAUAAUUCAGUUGUUUGUUGCCGGCUUGAUAGUACUGCUACUAGAUGAGCUCUUGCAGAAAGGUUAUGGCUUGGGCUCUGGGAUUUCCCUCUUUAUUGCUACCAACAUCUGUGAAACCAUUGUCUGGAAGGCUUUCAGUCCUACAACUAUUAACACUGGCAGAGGAACUGAAUUUGAAGGUGCCGUCAUUGCCUUGUUCCACCUUUUGGCUACACGAACCGACAAAGUCCGUGCUUUACGGGAGGCUUUCUACCGCCAGAACUUGCCUAAUCUUAUGAAUCUGAUUGCUACAGUAUUUGUGUUUGCUGUAGUUAUAUAUUUCCAGGGAUUUCGUGUUGAUCUCCCAAUCAAGUCUGCUCGCUAUCGCGGACAAUACAGUAGCUAUCCUAUCAAACUCUUUUACACCUCCAACAUCCCCAUCAUUCUUCAGUCUGCCUUAGUUUCCAACCUCUAUGUUAUUUCUCAAAUGCUGUCUGUGCGGUUCAGUGGCAACUUCUUGGUAAACUUACUUGGGAAGUGGGCGGACGUCAGUGGCGCUGGUCCAGCACGUGCCGACCCUGUUGGAGGCCUCUGCUAUUACCUCUCCCCUCCAGAAUCCAUGGGUGCUCUAUUUGAGGAUCCUGUCCAUGUAAUUGUUUAUAUCAUAUUUAUGUUGGGUUCCUGUGCAUUUUUCUCCAAGACGUGGAUUGAAGUGUCAGGAUCAUCUGCAAAAGAUGUUGCCAAGCAACUGAAAGAACAGCAAAUGGUGAUGAGAGGCCACAGGGAUACAUCCAUGGUUCAUGAAUUAAACAGGUACAUCCCCACAGCAGCUGCAUUUGGAGGCUUGUGCAUCGGGGCCCUCUCUGUCUUAGCUGACUUCCUUGGUGCCAUUGGCUCAGGGACCGGCAUUCUGCUUGCUGUCACCAUUAUUUAUCAAUAUUUUGAGAUAUUUGUCAAAGAACAGGCAGAGGUUGGAGGGGUGGGUGCUUUAUUUUUCUAAAUGUUGACAUAUCAUGUGAUGUGUAAGAAAGGAAGUCCUGUAUUUUGAUGACAUACAAUCUUUUAUUGCCAGUCCCUCCCCCACCCCCGUUCCAAGUGCUACUUGCCAUAUUUCUCAUAAGUGGUAUUGCACAAUGCCUGUGUGCGGCUUCUAUUCCAGCUGCCUUAAGAAUAAAAUGUUUACAUGGUCUGAGUUAAAAAUACAAAAAAUAUCUCCAUUGUUGCCCGUGAUGCUGGAAACCAGUGCAUCUGCCUUCCUGUGGAAAUCGUCAAAAGAUGCCCAUUUUGCUAGAGAACACUUUGCACACUCCAUUACGAGGUUUGAAUGUACCUGCACACACUGGCAAAAGGGAACCACAACAGUAGAGUUCCAAGUGGCCACAUGUGAGAAUCCCUAAGCUUAUUUUUAAAAGUACAUACAAUCCCCCCCCAAAAAAAUAUUUUACAUGAAUUCCUUUUUAUAUACAACUUAAAGAAAUGUGACCUGUUGCAUACCCAACUCU